UUAUGAUGGAACCAUUAUGCGUUUAGAAUUCGACGUGAAAACAUCGGUUUGAUAGCAUCUCCCAGGUUGUUGGGUUUUGUAUUUCGGUGCUUUUUUUAUUUGCGGAAUCGGAAGUGGAAGUGCUUUCCAAGGUGCGAUAAGGGAGUUGGGUUAUUCGAUAGGUUUGACCGGAAUAAAGAAGUGGAAAUUUGAAUUUUUGGGGUUUAGCUUGAUCAACCUAAAGUGAGAUGGUUGCAUUCUAGAACGUGUGAAAAAAAUUAAAAAUUCGGAUUUCAAAAUUCAGGUGGUUAAAGCGAAAAUUUGGGAAGGGCUCACCCUAAAACAAAGCACAACAUCUCAAGGGUGGCACAAAGAAACCAAAACUGAUAACAGUGAAGACAAAUUUGCACGGUUCUAGCUGAUAAGUACCCGAAAUUUUAUUACUCUGAAGUGGUGUUUAAGAUAACUGAAGCAUUUCUGGUUGCACUCCCGAAAAUAAGCCAUGUCGUACAACGUCAAUAGCUUGUUCUAGAAAACGUGAUACGGUUUACAGUUCCAGUGAAAAUUAGGAAGAACCAAGUUAAGUGAUAACAAACUACCAACAUAAAAAAAAAUCUCCCCAUCAAGAUGGACAUGACAAUAUCGUCCAAAAUUCUCCACACCAGUUCGCUGAACCUUAAUGGGUUAACAAUCACAAGCAGCAGUAAUGGACCUGGAAGUUCCAGUAGUUCCAGCAUCAGUUCGCACUGUUCAUCGUCACCUUCCUCAACCAGUGCCCUGGAUGGCCAGAACGGAAGUCGGGAGCACAUCAAACGGCCCAUGAACGCCUUCAUGGUGUGGUCCCGGGGUCAGAGGCGUAAAAUGGCCCAGGACAAUCCCAAGAUGCACAACUCGGAGAUAUCGAAAAAUUUGGGCGCUCAAUGGAAGCUGCUGACCGAGGGCGAGAAGCGACCGUUCAUUGAUGAGGCCAAGCGACUAAGAGCUCUUCACAUGAAGGAACACCCGGACUACAAAUACCGACCACGACGAAAGCCCAAAACUCUGGUCAAAACAUCGAAUCCAUCUAAUUCAGUCGGUUCUAACAGCUCCCCAGCAUCUUCAUCAUCCAGCAAGGAACCAUUGCGGUCACAUUCCCCCCAACCCAGCAAAUCUCCCUACAACCCUUCUCCCCUGACCACACCCAUCGGACUACCCCCCGGAAUGUUCCCCUCCUAUCACUUCGCUUACGAUCUGCACCAGAAGGCCUUCUGGAAUCUCUACGGGCCGCAUCUCCUCUCAUCGAUGGUUCCUUCGUACAACUCCCUUCCACCCCACUCUCCCCUGGCGCCGCUAGCCUACAUCAAGGCGCCAAAAUCGUCACCGCCGUCGCCGAUUGCCACCCCCUCGCCAAUUCCGCCGGGCAAUGUCAUCUGACCAACACCACUACGCUACAGUGCCGAGCACAGCGUUUAGGACAAAUUUCCAUCGAGAAAGAAACCCCGAACUUCAUAUCAGUCAGUGGCAGUGUGAAUGGCAAAUUGAAACUGCGUUGGGAAGUGUUCUGUUUUAUUUUGUCUCCUUUUUUUUGGGAUGGAAAACAGAAACAGUCCCGAAAAAAAACCCGUCACCCAACAAGAAGAACAAACAAGCAAACAUGGCAUACAUUUUUGUGAUACGCUCAAGCAUAUAAUACAUAUAUUUAUUAUUGGUCUGAGUGGGGCAAACAGAGCCAAUUUUUAUCGAAUCAUAUCAUGAAGAAAAUAUUCGGAACCAUUUCUGCUCGCAGAAAAGAUCCAAUGAAGAAGAUGAACCUAACCCAGUUAUUUAGCAAAUAAGGUAAUCUGUAGCUUGUACGAAUCAACAUUUCUGAAAAACGUUUUCAAAUGCAGUUCGAUUCGUUUCAUUGAUUUUACAAUGAUGUUAGGUUAAUGAUGAACAUAAUCAAAAUUCACUACGUUUUUUAAAAAAUCCUUAGUUCAAAUUUGUCUCAUUUCAUUGGAAUAAAAUGAAAAAAAAAAUCAGUUAAGUAAGAUUCUUUUUAGGUGCAAUAUGUUCAAUUCUAGUAAAAAGGGCCCAGUCACAAUCCUUGUUUGUUAAAAAAAACAUGCUGAGAAAAACCUGUAAAUAUUAUCUCAAAACGAAAGAAAAGACAAGUCCUGAUGAAAAGUCUCAAAAACAAAUUCGUUAGACAUUUUAUAAUCGUUGUUUAAUUGGAUAAGCUACUGCACAAAUCAAACUUAAAAAAAAAUACACUAAAACAAUUUAUGCGUGUAAUGCUGAAAUAGAACAAGUGUUCUAUAGAAAAAAAAACAUUUUCGCACUUUAGUUUUAAAAUAUAAAAACAGACUAAGAAGUCAAGGCAGCAACAUUGUACGUACAUAAUAUUUCUAGUAAGAGAGUAAUAUUAAACCCAAACAACUGUAACUAAGUGUCAAAAUUGAACGGGGGCUUUUGGAAAUUUGAAAGCUCUCAAAAUCUCACCAUUGACUUUUACUUUUAGAAAUA